AUGGCUUCAGCGAGAGGCCAUCUUGAAAGUGCUAAAUAUCUAAUCUCUGUUGAAGUUAAUAUAAACGCUAAGAACGAGGAUGGAAUCUCUCCACUCAUGAAUGCAUCAUAUUAUGGCUUUCUUGAAAUUGUUAAAUGCCUUAUCUCUGCAGGGGCCAAUAAAGAAGGAAAGGAUAAUGACGGAAAAACUCCACUCAUCUUGGCAUCACAAAAUGGCCAUAUAGAUGUUGUUCAAUAUCUUAUCUCAGUUGGGGCCGAUAAAGAAGGAAAGGAUAAUGACGGAAAUACUCCACUCAUCUGGGCAUCAAUAGAUGGCCAUAUAGAUGUUGUUCAAUAUCUUAUCUCAGUUGGGGCCGAUAAAGAAGCUAAAGAUAAAAGUGGAGAUACCGCAUUCACUUGGGCAAAAAGAAAUGAAUAUAAUUCAGUAGCUGAAUAUCUUCAGAAUUAG